AUGGAUAAAGAUGGAUCUAAGAAGAAAGGAGAUACUCUUUGGAAACAGGUGAAAAGAAGUGCUGCAAAGCCCUUCCAGAAACCAUCUGGGAAACCAAAAAACCAAGGUAAAGAAAGUUGUAAAAUAAUAUGUUGACAUUCAUGUUUCUUGUAGAUAUUUUUGGAGAUUAAGAACAAUUCCAAGUAGUUAAUACCUACAACGGUCUUUCGGUGGGUCUUUGGAAUUCUGAGGUGGAGUGUUUCUUUCUGCUUGGCUUAGGGGAGCUGAUCCACUGCCCAGUUACUCUGUAGCUCAAUUGUGAAAUUGAUCUGUCGAGCUACAGGUUGUACAGCUGUAAGAUCAGGAUCUUUAAAUAAACGUAACUGUGAAGAAAGUGCUACCUUUUUUAUGACAGCUGCAAACGGCUAGACUUUCUAGUCUUCUGGCCAUCAAGGACAAUACUUGUAAAUCAUAAUAACCAUCAUACAUGUAUAUAAACAUUCCGUGACACAUUAAAGAACCCACACACUGUUAGUUCAGCUGAGAAAAAUUCAAAAAAUGGUUUAUUUUGAAGAUUUAUUUAAAGAUUCAUGAAUCUCCUACAGCAAGACAAAAAGCAUUUGAUCCAGUUCAUUGUCUCCAAAAAAGCAAUUCAUUUAACACAUAAGUUGUGAACAAGACACUGGUGAAAUGACGAAUUAUUUGUUGUUGUAUUUCAAGGUCCAUCUGGAAGGGUUGAGCAAGCUGGCCCAAGCACAAGUUCUGUUACAGGUGAAUAAGAGAUUACUAAUUCAUUGUAUAUGAGAAUCACAACAGCUCCCUGACAGUAACCAGCUACUAAACUUUGUCUUCUAUCUAUUAAUUCUUCAAGGUUCACAGCAGGGAAGUAUCUCCUCCUCUUUUUGGUACCUCUUAUAGAUCUUAAAAAAAUGAAUUUCUUCCAUGCUUACAAAGCAAGAUUCCGAUGGUAGUUUCGAAAACGAAGCACUCGAAAACGAAGACCGAAGCACGAAGCACCCAAAUCUCGAAAACGAAGCACCCAAAACUCGAAAACGAAGCACCCAAAUCUCGAAAACGAAGCACCCUAAAUCGAAAACGAAGACCCCAAAAUCUCAAAAACGAAGCACCCAAAACUCGAAAACGAAGCACCCAAAACUCGAAACCACUGUAGGCUGUACGUCUUGCAUGACGCAAUCCGAAUCAGGUGGAGGCAGCGGAUGCGUCCGCACCUCCAAAGGUCCACAAAAUCCAUCCCAAGGUUUUAUAAGAGCCUGCCAACUGUUUAACUGAACGUUUCUAGAUGGGAUAUAAUGUAUUAAUUUUAUUAUUGGUCUCGCUAUACUUGAUACAUCUUACCUUAAUAUGCUUUUUUUCGGUACACAUGCAUGUUUAUGUAGACUUCAAAACUGUCCGUCAGCAGAUUUUGGCGUAUUCAAGUGCGCGUGAGCAGUAACACAAAAGGUCUGGGCUGAGUUUAUGGGCUGAGUUGCUCAAAGCAUGGUUAGCUUUAACCAUUGGUUAAGCAGUAUCAAAACCAAUACGUUGUCAAGGUAUUAAACGCUGGUUAACGCUAACCAUGCUUCGAGCAACUGGGCCCUGAAAUGAGGCUGAAAACGGAGUGUGAGGCUCGCGCGUAUUACUCUUACGCCACGCUUUACCGACUUCUUUACUGAUUUUGAGAAGGAAAAAAACCCGACUGUUUUGCAGUCUACCAUAUUGGAUAUUUAUGACACUGCGUGAUCAGAUCAGAUCAGAUCCAGGCAGAAUUUGUUCGAGGGUAAUAGCCUGGGAUCAGGCUCUAUGGUGGGGAACAGGAGAAUUUUAAAAUAAAAGGAGCGAAUAAAAAAAAGGAGAGUUAAGCUACUGAGAAGGCGGCCGGUGGGGCGAAGCCUGGAGAUAUGCUUUUUAUGCCACCGAUCCACCCUUAACUACACUAAUUUGCAAAUGGCCUUUCACGAGGAAUGGAAUAGAAAACGCUCAUCAUUUUGUACGGGGAUACUUGCUGUAAUUCCCGAUCCCAUCCACACAAGAAUCAGUACAACUAUACUACCGACAUUCUGCAUUUUUAUUUUUGGCAAAAUGGAACUGGAAGCUCCCUAUUUCUGAAGCCCACCACAGACGCCAAAAGCUGUGCAUAAUUUUCCUUUCUUGACCCUUUUAAAAACAACAGUAACAAAAACAGUAACAGCAAGUUUUCAAGUUUUGGGUGCUUCGUUUUCGAUCUUGGGUGCUUCGUUUUCGAGUUUUGGGUGCUUCGUUUUCGAGAUUUGGGUGCUUCGUUUUCGAGUUUUGGGUGCUUGAGUAGAGUUGAACGGCAUUCGAUUCGUUAUCGAAUACUCGUUAUCGCGCUUGAUUUCUGCUGUAUUUACAUUGGUCUCGUGUUUAUAAAGGACAGACCGGUGUCGAGUUUUUUGGGUGCUUCGUUUUCGAGAUAGGGUGCUUCGUUUUCGAGUUUUGGAUGCUUCGUUUUCGAGAUUUGGGUGCUUCAUUUUCGAGAUUUGGGUGCUUCGUGCUUCGGUCUUCGUUUUCGAGUGCUUCGUUUUCGAAACUACCAGAUUCCGAUACCUUCUGGGGAUACUUUUUGAAUUUUUUAUUUGAUGAGCACCACAGUUGUUUAAUAGGGUAGUAUCUCCUUCUCCCCUGCCUUCCCCAACCACGCCCUGAGGACACUAGUGACCAACUUUACAGGGCUGUCACUAAGGGCCGGGAGGUGUGGAUUUCUCCUGGCUGCUAUGAGCAUGACCCUUGGUUACAUUCAUAGGAAAAUAAAAAUAAAAGGAAAAUAGGACCAAAAGAAUUUUCAGGAUCUUCCAUUCCCUACUCUGAAACUUGAAACCAUAGUGACAGCCUUGAACUCUAACUAGUAAGCUCUCUGCUCUAGUGGCUUUAUGUUCUGGUAUUAGAUCAUUCUAGAACUCUACCCUCUGAUUGGUUGGAAAGGCCCAGGAAAUGAUUUGUUUUGUUUUUUUUCCUGUUUUGAAAAUGUUUUUGAACUGCAACUGCUUACUAGAUCCCUUUCAGAAUCAACUCAGUGUGCAGCUGAAAUCCUGCAUAACCAAGUUUAAAACAUAAAUUUAUUGUCUAAAAUUGUGCACACUGCGACCAGACAUCAUGUAGUGAAUUAAAAUGUCAGUAUCACCCACAAUUCAGUAAAACUUUCAGUCCCAAGACAAGCUGCUCAGUGCUUUUUGUUAUAAAAACUUUAUUAUUCAGACCCAGAAACUAAAAUGUGAGCAGUAAAAAAACUGACAUAUUGAUGAACAGACCCCAAAUACUUUAGAAUAACUGUUGAUAAAUGUCUCGCUUCAAUUUUUAUUCUAUUUUGUUUAACUCACAGACCCAUCAGCAGGGAAACAGCCCUCUAGCUCUACGGCCACUAAGGAGGAGUCACCAGGUACUAUAUAUUAUAUCAAUAAAGCAGAAAUGGUACCAGACAUACAGUAGAUUAAAAACGCUUGCUUGAAUAUGAAAAUGACUUUUAUCGUUUGCUAUAUUGCAAUACAAAAUGAUCUUUAUUGUCACAGUUGUUUAUAUUUAUUUCAGAAAUAAGUAGCAAAGAAGUAUGAAUUGAUACUUCAAGCACCAAAUUCUUUUUCUCAUUCAAUUUUUCUGUUAGAAUUUUGCUGAGGUAUUUUUAACUUGCAUUAAUCCUCAAGGCCAGUUAUAAAAAAUAAGAAUUAUUUUUAGCACUCAACUACAAAUGUCACUAACGGCUUUGGACAGCUAGCCCUCUAUUGGUGUCUCCGCCCUGAACCUCUCUUUGUGGGGUAACGCCCCUUUCAUUUGCUUUACUGAUGCAGUCUUCAAAGACAUUUACAUAUAAAUGUUACUCGACCAUAUUCAUAAUUUGUAAUUGUGAUAAUUAAUGAUUCUUUAUUUAGCUCAUGGUGAAAUUACAUUUUAACUUUUUUAUAAUUGAAAUUUUGUGCUAGGUUAUAACUUUAUAAUAUAAGAGAAAUAAUAAGUGUGAGCUGGGAAGCUAAAUAUACGUAACUGUGAAGAAACUGCUGCCUUUUUUAUGACAGCUGCAAAUGCUUAGACUUUCUAGUCUUCUGGCCAUUAAGGACAAUUAAUACUUGUAAAUCAUAAUAACCAUCAUACAUGUAUAUAAAAAUUCCGUGAGACAUUAAAGAACCCACACACUGUUAGUUCAUAAAGAGCAGGGGACGUGGUCCCUGCAACUCAAGUUCCUGCUGUUUAUAAUGUCGCCAGUAAACACUAAACUUGAGCUUGAACUUGAGUUUGUUUCAUGAGUGCAACCAUGAUAUGGUAUGUCAUGUACACAUUUUGUCACUGGUAUAAAGAUCCCGGUACUCAUUGUUAAAUUAUAUUAAAAUUACAAACAGCUGAGGAAAAUUCAAAAAUGGUUUAUUUUGAAGAUUUAUUAAAAGAUUCAUGAAUCUCCUACAGCAAGACAAAAAGCAUUGUUCCAGUUCAUUGUCUCCAAAAAAGCAAUUCAUUUAACAACAUAGUUGUGAACAAGACACUGGUGAAAUGACGAAUUAUUUGUUGUUGUAUUUCAAGGUCCAUCUGGAAGGGUUGAUCAAGCUGGCCCAAGCACAAGUUCUGUUACAGGUGAAUAAGAGAUUACUAAUUCAUUGCAUAUGAGAAUGACAACAGCUCCCUGACAGUAACCAGCUACUAAACUUUGUCUUCUAUCUAUUAAUUCUUCAAGGUUCACAGCAGGGAAGUAUCUCCUCCUCUUUUUGGUACCUCUUAUAGAUCUUAAAAAUGACCUACAAUGAGCUACUAUGACCGAACAUGUAAUCCCUGUAAUGAGCUAAAAUGAAGAUUUUAGAAAAACAUAAAAUUUUACGCACACAUGUUCCCUGAUAAUUUUUUUUUAUGUUUUUCUAAAAUCUUCAUUUUAGCUCAUUACAGGGAUUACAUGUUCGGUCAUAGUAGCUCAUUGUAGGUCGUUGUAGAUCAUUGUAGGUCAUUGUAGAUCAUUGUAGGUCAUUGUAGGUCAUUGUAGAUCAUUGCAGGUCAUUCCUUGUUUUAGUAACUACGCACUUAGGGCCGGGAGGUGUGGAUUUCCCCUGGCUGCUAUGAGCAUGACCGCUGGUUACUUUAUUCAUAGGAAAUAAAAGGAAAAUAGGACCGAAAGAAUUUCUAGGAUGUUCUAUUCCCUCCUCUGAAACUUGAAACCAUAGUGACAGCCUUGAACUCUAACCAGUAAGCUCUCUGCACUACUGGCUUUAUGUUAUGGCUUUAGAUCAUUCUAGAACUCUACCCUCUGACUGGUUGGAAAGGCCCAGGAAAUAUUUUGGAUUUUUUUUCCUGUUUUAAAAUGUUUUUGAACUGCAAGGGCUUACUAGAUCCCUUACAGAAUCAACUCAGUGUGCAGCUGAAAUCCUGCAUAACCAAGUUUAAAACAUAAAUUUACUGUCUAAAAUUGUGCACACUGGAACCAGACAUCAUUUAGUGAAUUCAAAUGUCAGUAUCACCCACAAUUCAGUAAAAGCUAAGAUGUAAGCUUUCAGUCCCAAGACAAGCUGCUCAGUGCUUUUUGUUAUUGAAACUUUAUUAUUCAGUCCCAGAAAUUAAAAUGUGAGUAGUAAAAAAACUGACAGAUUGAUAAACAUUUUGCCCAAAUGCUUUUGAAUAACCCAGGUUUUAAAUGUCUCACUUCAAUUUCUUUUCUAUUUUGUUUAACUCACAGACCUGUCAGCAGGGAAAGAGCCCUCUAGCUCUGCGGCCACUAAGGAGGUGUCACCAGGUACUAUUAUAUCCAAUAAAGUAGAAAUGGUACCAUUUUCUCAUUCAAUUUUUCUUUUAGAAUUUUGCUAAGGUAUUUUUAACCUACGUUAAUCCUCGAAGGCCAUUUAGAAAAAAAUAAGAAUUAUUUUAAGCACUCAACCACAAAUGUCACUAAUGGCUUUGGACAGGUACCCCUCUAUGGGCGUGUCCUCCCUGAACCUCUCUUUGUGGGGUAACACCCCUUUACACUUGCUUUACUGAUGCAGUCUUCAAAGACAUUUACAUAUAAAUGUUACUUGGCCAAGGCGGCCAUCCUGCCAUAUUCAUAAUUUGUGAUUGUAAUAAUUAAUGAUUCUUUAUUUAGCUCUCGGUGAAAUCACAUUUUUAACUUUUUUAUAACUGAAAUUUGUGCUAGGUUAUAACUUUAUAAUAUAAGAGAAAUAAUAAGUGCGAGCUGGAAAGCUAAAUAUACUGUUAGAUUUUCUAGUUAGCUCCCCAUCCAAUUAAAGUAAGUGUGUAAGCAGGUCUUCUAUCUAUUAAUUCUUCAAGGUUCACAGCAGGGAAGUAUCUCCUCCUUUUUUUGAUACCUCUUAUAGAGCUUAAAAUGAAUUUCUUCCAUGCUGACAAAGCAAAAUUCUGGCACCUUUUAGGGAUACGUUUGCAUUUUUUAUUUGACUAGCACUUCAGUUGUUUAAUAGGGAAGUUUCUCCUCCCCCCACCCCCUCCCCCCCCCAACUCCCACCAAGCCCUGAUGACACUAGCAAACAACUUUACAGGGCCAUCACUAAGGGCCUGCAACUUGAACUGCAACUGCUUACCAGAUGCCUUUCAGAAUCAACUCGGUAUGCAGCAGAAAUCCUGCAUAACCAAGUUUGAAACACAAACUGCGACCAGACAUCAUUUAGUGAAUUAAAUGUCAGUAUCACCCAUGUAAGCUUCCAGUCCCAAGAGAAGCUGCUCAGUGCUUUUUGUUAUUGAAAUGUUAUUAUUCAGACCCAGAAACUAAAAUGUGUGUAGUAAAAGAACUGACAGAUUGAUGAACAUCCCCAAAUACUUUUGAAUAACUGUUGUUUUAAAUGUCUCACUUCAAUUUUUAUUCUAUUAUUUUUGUUUAACUCACAGACCUGUCAGCAGAGAAACAGCCCUCUAGCUCUACGGCCACUAAGGAGGAGUUACCAGGUACUAUUAUGUCCAAUGAAGCAGAAAUGGUACCAGACAUACAGUAGAUUUAUACUUUUGAAUAACUGUUGUUUUAAAUGUCUCACUUCAAUUUUUAUUCUAUUUUGUUUAACUCACAGACCUGUCAGCAGGGAAACAGCCCUCUUGCUCUAUGGCCACUAAGGAGGAGUUACCAGGUACUAUUAUAUCCAAUAAAGCAGAAAUGGUACCAGACAUACAGUAGAUUAAAAACGCUUACUUUCAUAUCAAAAUGACUUUUAUCGUUUGUUAUAUUGCAAUACAAAAUGAUCUUUAUUGUCGCAGUUGUUUAUAUUUAUUUCCGAAAUAAGUAGCAAAGAAGAAGUAUGAUGUGAUACUUCAAGCAUCAAAUUCUUUUUUCUCAUUCAAUUUUUCUGUUAGAAUUUUGCUGAGGUAUUUUUAACCUGUGUUAAUCCUCUAGGCUAGGCCAGUUAUUGAAAAAAAAGAAUUAUUUUAAGCACUCAAUCACAAACAUCACUAACGGUUUUGGAGAGGUAGCCCUCUAUUGGUGUCUCCUCCCUGAACCUCUCUUUGUGGGGUAACGCCCCUUUCACUUGCUUUACUGAUGCAGUCUUCAAAGGCAUUUACAUUAAUAAAUGUUACUCGGCCAAGGCUGCCCAUUCUGCCAUAUUCAUAAUUUGUAAUUGUAAUAAUUAAUGGUUAUUUAUUUAGCUCACGGUGAAAUUACAUUUUUAACUUUUUUAUAACUGAAAUUUGUGCUAGGUUAUAACUUUUUAAUACAAGAGAAAUAAUAAGUGCGAGCUGUGAAGCUAAAUAUACGUAACUGUGAAGAAGGUGCUAUCUUUUUUAUGACAGCUGCAAAUGGUUAGACUUUCUAGUCUUCCGGCCAUUAAGGACAAUAUAUAAUUGUAAAUCAUAAUAACCAUCAUACCUGUAUAUAAACAUUCUGUAAGACAUUAAAUAACCACACAUUGUUAGUUCAUAAAGAGCAGGGAAAGUGGUCCCUGCAACUCAAGUUCCAGCUGCUGUUUAUAAUGUUGCCAGUAAACACUAAACUUGAACUUGAACUUGAGUUUGUUUCAUGAGUGCAACCAUGGUAUGGUAUGUCAUGUACACAUUUUGUCAUUGGUAUAAAGAUGCUGGUACUCAUUGUUAACUUAUAUUAAAAUUACAAACAGCUGAGGAAAAUUCAAAAAAUGGUUUAUUUUGAAGAUUUAUUAAAAGAUUCAUGAAUCUCCUACAGCAAGACGAAAAGAAUUUGAUCCAGUUCAAAAAAACAAUUCAUUUAACAACAUAAGUUGUGAACAAGACACUGGUGAAAUGACUAAUUAUUUCUUGUUGUAUUUCAAGGUCCAUCUAUAUCUGGAAGGGUUGAGCAAGCUGGCCCAAGCACAAGUUUUGAUACAGGUGAAUAAGAGAUUACUAAUUCAUUGUAUAUGAGAAUCACAACAGCUCCCUGACAGUAACCAGUUACUAAACUUUGUCUUCUAUCUAUUAAUUCUUCAAGGUUCACAGCAGGGAACUAUGUCCUCCUCUUUUUGGUACCUCUUAUGGAUCUUAAAAAACUGAAUUUCUUCCAUGCUGACAAACUAAGAUUCUGAUACCUUCUGGGGAUACUUUGGAAUUUCUAUUUAACUAGCACCAUAGUUGUUUAAUAGGGUAGUAUAUCCUUCUCUACCCUGCCCCCGCUCCCCUCACCAUGCCCUGACGAUACUAGUGACCAACUUUACAGGGCUGUCACUAAGGGCCGGGAGGCGUGGAUUUCCCCUGGCUGCUAUGAGCAUGACCCCUGGUUACUUUAUUCAUAGGAAAUAAAAGGAAAAUAGAAAGAAUUUCCAGGAUGUUCUAUUCCCUGCUCUGAAACUUGAAACCACAGUGACAGCCUUGAACUCUAACCAGUAAGCUCUCUGCUCUACUGGCUUUAUGUUCUGGUUUAAGAUCUUUCUAGAACUCUGCCCUCUGAUUGGUUGGAAAGGCCCAGGAAAUAUUUUGCUUUUUUUUUCCUGUUUUGAAAAUGUUUUUAAGCUGCUACUGCUUACUUAGAUCCCUUUCAGAAUCAACUCAGUGUACAGCUGAAAUCCUGCAUAACCAAGUUUAAAACAUAAAUUUAUUGUCUAAAAUUGUGCACACUGCAACCAGACAUCAUUUAGUGAAUUAAAAGUCAGUAUCACCCACAAUUCAGUAAAAGCUAAGAUGUAAGCUUUCAGUCCCAAGACAAGCUGCUCAGUGCUUUUUGUUAUUGAAACUUUAUUAUUCAGUCCCAGAAAUUAAAAUGUGAGUAGUAAAAAAACUGACAGAUUGAUAAACAUUUUGCCCAAAUGCUUUUGAAUAACCCAGGUUUUAAAUGUCUCACUUCAAUUUCUUUUCUAUUUUGUUUAACUCACAGACCUGUCAGCAGGGAAAGAGCCCUCUAGCUCUGCGGCCACUAAGGAGGUGUCACCAGGUACUAUUAUAUCCAAUAAAGUAGAAAUGGUACCAUUUUCUCAUUCAAUUUUUCUUUUAGAAUUUUGCUAAGGUAUUUUUAACCUACGUUAAUCCUCGAAGGCCAUUUAGAAAAAAAUAAGAAUUAUUUUAAGCACUCAACCACAAAUGUCACUAAUGGCUUUGGACAGGUACCCCUCUAUGGGCGUGUCCUCCCUGAACCUCUCUUUGUGGGGUAACACCCCUUUACACUUGCUUUACUGAUGCAGUCUUCAAAGACAUUUACAUAUAAAUGUUACUUGGCCAAGGCGGCCAUCCUGCCAUAUUCAUAAUUUGUGAUUGUAAUAAUUAAUGAUUCUUUAUUUAGCUCUCGGUGAAAUCACAUUUUUAACUUUUUUAUAACUGAAAUUUGUGCUAGGUUAUAACUUUAUAAUAUAAGAGAAAUAAUAAGUGCGAGCUGGAAAGCUAAAUAUACUGUUAGAUUUUCUAGUUAGCUCCCCAUCCAAUUAAAGUAAGUGUGUAAGCAGGUCUUCUAUCUAUUAAUUCUUCAAGGUUCACAGCAGGGAAGUAUCUCCUCCUUUUUUUGAUACCUCUUAUAGAGCUUAAAAUGAAUUUCUUCCAUGCUGACAAAGCAAAAUUCUGGCACCUUUUAGGGAUACGUUUGCAUUUUUUAUUUGACUAGCACUUCAGUUGUUUAAUAGGGAAGUUUCUCCUCCCCCCCCCCCCCCCCCCCCCCCCCCCCCCCCCACCCCCCACCACCCCUACAAACAACCUUCCAAGGCCCCCCCCAACGCCCUCCCAACUCAACCUUUAACGCUUCACCACAGCCUUUCCCAAACAAACCCGGAUGACNUGUUGUUUUAAAUGUCUCACUUCAAUUUUUAUUCUAUUAUUUUUGUUUAACUCACAGACCUGUCAGCAGAGAAACAGCCCUCUAGCUCUACGGCCACUAAGGAGGAGUUACCAGGUACUAUUAUGUCCAAUGAAGCAGAAAUGGUACCAGACAUACAGUAGAUUUAUACUUUUGAAUAACUGUUGUUUUAAAUGUCUCACUUCAAUUUUUAUUCUAUUUUGUUUAACUCACAGACCUGUCAGCAGGGAAACAGCCCUCUUGCUCUAUGGCCACUAAGGAGGAGUUACCAGGUACUAUUAUAUCCAAUAAAGCAGAAAUGGUACCAGACAUACAGUAGAUUAAAAACGCUUACUUUCAUAUCAAAAUGACUUUUAUCGUUUGUUAUAUUGCAAUACAAAAUGAUCUUUAUUGUCGCAGUUGUUUAUAUUUAUUUCCGAAAUAAGUAGCAAAGAAGAAGUAUGAUGUGAUACUUCAAGCAUCAAAUUCUUUUUUCUCAUUCAAUUUUUCUGUUAGAAUUUUGCUGAGGUAUUUUUAACCUGUGUUAAUCCUCUAGGCUAGGCCAGUUAUUGAAAAAAAAGAAUUAUUUUAAGCACUCAAUCACAAACAUCACUAACGGUUUUGGAGAGGUAGCCCUCUAUUGGUGUCUCCUCCCUGAACCUCUCUUUGUGGGGUAACGCCCCUUUCACUUGCUUUACUGAUGCAGUCUUCAAAGGCAUUUACAUUAAUAAAUGUUACUCGGCCAAGGCUGCCCAUUCUGCCAUAUUCAUAAUUUGUAAUUGUAAUAAUUAAUGGUUAUUUAUUUAGCUCACGGUGAAAUUACAUUUUUAACUUUUUUAUAACUGAAAUUUGUGCUAGGUUAUAACUUUUUAAUACAAGAGAAAUAAUAAGUGCGAGCUGUGAAGCUAAAUAUACGUAACUGUGAAGAAGGUGCUAUCUUUUUUAUGACAGCUGCAAAUGGUUAGACUUUCUAGUCUUCCGGCCAUUAAGGACAAUAUAUAAUUGUAAAUCAUAAUAACCAUCAUACCUGUAUAUAAACAUUCUGUAAGACAUUAAAUAACCACACAUUGUUAGUUCAUAAAGAGCAGGGAAAGUGGUCCCUGCAACUCAAGUUCCAGCUGCUGUUUAUAAUGUUGCCAGUAAACACUAAACUUGAACUUGAACUUGAGUUUGUUUCAUGAGUGCAACCAUGGUAUGGUAUGUCAUGUACACAUUUUGUCAUUGGUAUAAAGAUGCUGGUACUCAUUGUUAACUUAUAUUAAAAUUACAAACAGCUGAGGAAAAUUCAAAAAAUGGUUUAUUUUGAAGAUUUAUUAAAAGAUUCAUGAAUCUCCUACAGCAAGACGAAAAGAAUUUGAUCCAGUUCAAAAAAACAAUUCAUUUAACAACAUAAGUUGUGAACAAGACACUGGUGAAAUGACUAAUUAUUUCUUGUUGUAUUUCAAGGUCCAUCUAUAUCUGGAAGGGUUGAGCAAGCUGGCCCAAGCACAAGUUUUGAUACAGGUGAAUAAGAGAUUACUAAUUCAUUGUAUAUGAGAAUCACAACAGCUCCCUGACAGUAACCAGUUACUAAACUUUGUCUUCUAUCUAUUAAUUCUUCAAGGUUCACAGCAGGGAACUAUGUCCUCCUCUUUUUGGUACCUCUUAUGGAUCUUAAAAAACUGAAUUUCUUCCAUGCUGACAAACUAAGAUUCUGAUACCUUCUGGGGAUACUUUGGAAUUUCUAUUUAACUAGCACCAUAGUUGUUUAAUAGGGUAGUAUAUCCUUCUCUACCCUGCCCCCGCUCCCCUCACCAUGCCCUGACGAUACUAGUGACCAACUUUACAGGGCUGUCACUAAGGGCCGGGAGGCGUGGAUUUCCCCUGGCUGCUAUGAGCAUGACCCCUGGUUACUUUAUUCAUAGGAAAUAAAAGGAAAAUAGAAAGAAUUUCCAGGAUGUUCUAUUCCCUGCUCUGAAACUUGAAACCACAGUGACAGCCUUGAACUCUAACCAGUAAGCUCUCUGCUCUACUGGCUUUAUGUUCUGGUUUAAGAUCUUUCUAGAACUCUGCCCUCUGAUUGGUUGGAAAGGCCCAGGAAAUAUUUUGCUUUUUUUUUCCUGUUUUGAAAAUGUUUUUAAGCUGCUACUGCUUACUUAGAUCCCUUUCAGAAUCAACUCAGUGUACAGCUGAAAUCCUGCAUAACCAAGUUUAAAACAUAAAUUUAUUGUCUAAAAUUGUGCACACUGCAACCAGACAUCAUUUAGUGAAUUAAAAGUCAGUAUCACCCACAAUUCAGUAAAAGCUAAGAUGUAAGCUUUCAGUCCCAAGACAAGCUGCUCAGUGCUUUUUGUUAUUGAAACUUUAUUAUUCAGUCCCAGAAAUUAAAAUGUGAGUAGUAAAAAAACUGACAGAUUGAUAAACAUUUUCCCCAAUUAUACUUUUGAAUAACCCAUGUUUUAAUAAUAAUAAUAAUAAUAAUAAUAAUAAUAAUAAUAAUAAUAACCUUUAUUUUAAGAGGGUGACACCUAUUACUAUGAAGUAUUCUCCCUAGUGGCCCUCUAAAAACAAAAAUUGAUAAUAAUAAAUUACAACAAUCACGAUAAAAAACGUAUUUACAAAUAGUAAUUAUAAUAAAAGAUCUUAAGAAUUCCAGUUUUCUCCCUCCCUAGUGGCCCUCUAAAAAAAACAUUGAUAACAAUAAAAUUACAUUAAUCAUGAUAAAAAGCCUAUUUAUAAAUGGUUUUUAUAAUAAAAGGUUCUUAAAAAUUCUGAAGAUUGAAAAAUUGAGAGAUGUUAAAAACGGAAGUGAAUACAUUGGUAAAAAAGGGAAUCCAAUCUACAAUGAUAUUAAAAAAAAAUAAGUACGGAUUUAUAAAAGUCAGAAUAAAUUUUUUAACUUUAAAAUUGUCCACCGUAUAGUUUGAGGCGGGUUAAAUGUCUCACUUCAAUUUCUUUUCUAUUUUGUUUGCAGUCUUCAAAGACAUUUAGAUAUAAAUGUUACUCGGCCAAGGCUGCCCAUCCCCCCAUAUUCAUAAUUUGUAGUUGUAAUAAUUAAUAAUUCUUUCUUUAGCUUAUGGGCAAAUUACAUUUUUAACUUUUUUAUAACUGAAAUUUGUGCUAGGUUAUAACUUUAUAAUAUGGGAGAAAUUAUAAGUGCGAGCUGGGAAGCUAAAUAAACGGUUAGAUUUUCUAGUUAGCUCCCCAUCCAAUUAAAGUCAGUGUGUAAGCAGGUGGAAAAGAAGAAAAUAGAAUAGAUAACUGAAUUAAUAAAUUAAAUUAAUAAAGAGCAUUCCUUCUACGUUUGACCGUCGUAUUUAUAUUCCUACCCUAUAUUCUGGUGUUUUAGAGCCCUGAUACCUACAUGCACUGUUACUUACAUUUUUGUUGGUGUAUCAUGAGUUGAGGAUAAUUCAAGUUGUUUUAAAAUAUGGAAAUUUUAUUUGUAUUUGGUGAUCUGAUCAGUUUAUAUAAAUGAGGGCCUAUAUUUUGUGCGUCAACUACCUCCCUUUAACUUUCCUCGCCUAUUAAGGUAUCAAGUUAUUAACGAACAAUUCUUUAAAAAAGGGAACGUAAAAUUUUCUUUGACAGAUUCUGUCUGCCUCGAGGAGUGCCAGAAACAGCUGCGAUCAAUUUAUGAAACCAACAGCAAAGUCAAAAUCGUUCCGUGGGACCAAAGCUCUGCCGUUCAUAUCGAUGAAAUUUACACCCAGUUGUCUUGGCUUAUGGAUGAGAAGAAGCCCAGCGGAGUAACACAGACGGAAAUUGAACACUAUACCGACAUUUUUGACGGCGGAAGACCUAAUCACACGCCCAAGCGCAUUUUGGUUCACGGACGACCAGGUAUCGGCAAGACCGUUUUUACGCAGAAAGCUACAUUCGACUGGUCCCAGCACAGAUUUGAAGGAAAGUUAGGAAGAUUUGAUCUCGUACUUUUGGUCAAAUUACGCGAUGUUUGUAACCUCAACGAUGUCCCAGCCAUUCUUAGCGCUGCUAAUCUUCUUGCGAGUGAUGGCCCAAUUUCCACUGACAACCUGUAUGAUUACGUUCGUUACCACCAAGAAAAAGUGUUGCUUAUUUUGGACGGCUACGAUGAAUACGUACACAGCGCAGCAAGCCAAUCAUCUGUCCUUCAAAUCUGGGAGAAAAAGCAGCUGAGGGAUUGUUGUGUUAUUAUAACGUCUAGAGACAUGAAAGCAGAGGGAUUGAAAAGUUCCAGCGAUGCUCAAUUUGAGAUCGACGGUUUUGACCACAGGCGACAAGAAGAGUUCGCUCGUAGAUUCUUGAAAGAUGAUCAAGAUAUUGCAGAGUUUUUUAAAUACUUGUGGCAACAAGACCUUCAAGAUGUAGCAAAAAUACCUAUUUUACUUUUAAUGUUGUUGUUAGUUUGGAAAGAAAAGGAUCGUGAAGGACUACCUUCAUCACGGGUGAAGGUGUACUUUCAGUUUCUACAGACUAUGUUUAAUCAUAUGUCUGAAAAACAAAAAAAGCCGGCGGUAAAAGUUGACGACCACAAAAAAGAACUCUGUAAAGUAGGAGAACUAGCCUUUGACGCACUUCUACAAGAUUUACUUUAUUUUCCUCUCAGUAAACUGCCGGAUCCCGUUUUGAUUGAGAAACUGAUCGAGGUCGGGUUGUUUCAGCUUCUAAACAUGUCCGCUCUUAACCCGUGCAAAGCCGUGUACUUCAUUCAUAAAUCCAUGCAGGAGUUUUUGGCUUCUUUAUUUCUAAAAGAAAAACUGUUAUCUCAAGAAAGUAAAAACAAUUCCCUUUUCAAAGUCGACUCCAUUGAAAAGAUCUUCAAGUUGAAUGAAGUUUUUAAAUUUACUGCUGAAAUGUCAGAAGAAGCCGCGCGCGAGAUCUUGAUUCAUCUGUUGGGAAUGGCGGCGAAGGAAGACGGAGAGUACAGCUUCGACAACCAAGCACCGUCAGUCGAAGAUUUGUCAGAAACACAAAAAAAUCUUUUAACUAUAUGUACACAGUUAUUCUUCUACUGCUCAGCAGACACGAGAACAGAACUUUUCCCCACUUUUCUUUCUAAUCUGGGAGGUGUUUUGUUCAUUUUAAAUCCUGAGCAGCUGAAUAUUGCAGCAAAGGAAAAUUUUGUUAAAACUACCGCUUCACUUAUGUACAUAUUUUUCUCUGAAAGCGAUACAGAGCAAAGUUAUAAUAAUUUAAUAACUUUAGCACAGCAAUUAAACGCUGUUAUAGUUAGUAGAACAGGAGAACAGAAAGCAUCAGAAUUUUUGAAUGUAUUUCCAUGGCGUAGUGUUGGCGAGUUUUUUUUAAUGAAAGAAGAAAACAACACUCACCUUUAUUUUACUAAUAUUGUAAAAGCUUCCUGGAGAGGCAUUUCUUCUCUUCCAUAUAAAAUGGAAAAGACGUUAAUUAGUUUAGAAGAGACAACAAAGAAGACAAACAUGAAUGGUGAUGAGUCAAGUGAAGAGAGCAGCAGCAGCUGUUGUUCAAAGCGUCAUGGUCUCUCCAGGGUUUGGGGGAUUGAAGCUCUUGAUGUGAACAGGUCAGAAGUGGAACUGAUGAUUGAGAUCAUGCCGUUUAUCACCGCUCCACACGUGAUAUGGGUUUGGGGUGAACACCGUGAAGUGUUUGAUGCUGAGGUAACAGAGUCUCUACUGAGGAGCAUCCCAAUAACACACAAACUGGAGAGAUUAGCACUCUCUUAUAUUAAUGUAACAUCAUCACCUGCUGUGGAGUUUAUCAACAGAGUAUUCAAACAAGAUCUUCCAAACUUGAAGUGGCUCAACAUGUCAGAGAAUCCUCUUCUGGGUGAAGGAGUCGACAGCUUGAUAAAACAUCUCAGCUGCGCUCCUCACCUGGAGACACUGGAUCUUCAAUCUGUGAAGAUGACUCCACAGCAGGUGAUGAAUCUCACAUCAGCUGUACAGCAGCACGGAAACAACACUAGACUGUGGUCAUCCUACCACGUAAGUUUUCCAAUUUUAUCGCAAUUUGUUUCUUUAUUCUUUGUUUACAGUUUAUUUCUACUCAGCUCUUGCCUUUCGCCAUUUUCCUUUCUUUGUCAUUUUUAUACUCGACAAAAAACGAGAUUUGCUUUUGAAAUCAAAUCACAAACUUUAGCAGAUUCAAAGAAUCAUUUCAAAUUCAUUUCUUUCAACUGAUUAAACUAACUCCAUAAAAUGUUUUCACUGAGAACGUUAAGAACAAGUAACUUUAGCUGAUAUUAAAACAUGGAGUUGAACACAAAAGGAGAAAUUUCGUAUCUUCAAGCAGCCAUAAGAUGAUAUUAUUGGGUAAAAACAAGAACUUUUAGCAAAACAAAAGCACAUAAUUUCCACAGUAUUAAUUUCUGAAUCAGUUUUAAUUCAUACCUUUUCAUAAAAUAACAAACAACAAUCAUAAAAGCAAAUGAAAGAUGUUCAGUUCAUGUUCAAUUCAAACAAAUGAGCAAAGAGUAAACACAUUGAACUCACAGUUUCACAUUUAUCGUCCAGGGCUCCUAUAAAAUCAGUUUAAGUCAAGUGAAGUUCCUUUGAAAGUCCAAAAAACAAACAAGUCUUUUAUAGCUGUUCUUUUGUUAGUUCUUGAGCGUUCCUUUGGUAAAUACUGGUCCUUGCAGUUCGGUGAAGCGUUGGUUUUUGAAAUAACAACCCGCACAAAAAAAUUGUAUCUUUGAGACAACGGUUGAAAGCAACACCAAAAAAAUUUUCCUUACAGGUAAACACUUCGCUGUUCUCCACUGUAUAGCAUAAGUGUCCAUUGCAUGAUUUUCAUCGCGUAAAUAGCAUGAGCUUGUUUUCAAUUUUCAAAGAACACUCGCCAUACAAAUCAAAUCCUGCGGAGCUUUGGGCUUUCGUGAAAUAUCCUUAUAAAUGAUGUUUCCUUGAGCUUCGAACAACUCCUUAGCAUAUCCCUGAGGAAAAAGAGAUGAAUCCCUGUCUUAUGUAACAUUUCCUUGAUGUUUUCUUAUUCAAUUUUGAGUUCAUCCUGAACAGUUUGCCGUUGAAGAGCGAACUGAACAAACUACAAAAACAACAAACGAUGUCAUUCAAAGCCUGGUGACGUGGCGGCAGCUGAUUGGUUAAAUCCACCUCGGAUGAUUUUUCACGUGAUGACAUUUUCCCGCCUUUCGUUUCAUUACGUAACAAAUUCCCGCCCGAAAAAAAAUCACUGUGAUCAGCGAAUUUUGUAAGGCUGAAUGUAUUUUCAAAAGAAAAAAAAAAGGAUUUGCUAAUUUUGAUUUUGAUUCCACUAUUUUGAAUGCGAAUUUCUUGUACGUGCGCCUUGUGUUUCUCUUUCCAAUGCCGCCGAGGGGGGAGAGGUACAGGGGGGUAAGUCUCCCUCCUCCCUAAAAUUGGUUUAAAAAUUGGCGACGGGUAACACUCGUUUCUUGAACUUAGUCGUAAAGGAAGUUUUUGACCUUCAGCGCUUCACCUCUACACCAACCGCAUACCACACAAAGAAGGCGUGACCACCGUGUGUCUAGUGCUGUUCUGGCCUCUCUCUCUCUCUCUCUCCAUGUCACGCAACGCGGGAGAGAGAGGGUCCUCCCCCACAUCCCUUAUGAUCACGCAAGAGAAGUCAAAAUCUUCGCUAGGAAAACCUUCUCUCAGCAAAUAAGUUUGUCAGUUGUUGUUAACACAUUAACCUUGUGCUCGUAUAAUUUUUGACAAGGUGCCGGCUUCGAAUCCUGCUUAGUACCCUUUCUUUUUUCCCUGUCUUUCUCCUUUUUCUUUCGGUUUCUUUUUUGUUUUGUUUGCUUAUUUGUUUUGUUGUUGUUGUUUGUUAAAUAUAUACCUUCUAGAACAAAGAUAGUAUAUUCAUGGAUAAACAAUCUGAAUUUCUAUCGUUUCCUACAAUUUUCAUUUCUUUUUUAUUGCAAUAUAUUCUACAAAACUAAAACAGUAGCCACAUGCAGUCAUUAACUGCCUUUUAUUAUUUAGGCCAAGUUUUGACUGUUGAUCUUUGCUUUCGGCACGCGAGGCCUUUUUUGAACUUAGUACAUCUUGUCAAAGUUGUUUUCAUAGUAACAAUUGUCUUUCGUUGGUCACUGUAAUCGCAUGGGACUUAAAAUGAAGGUUUUGAAAUGUGUACACGUCCACCUACUUUACUAAAACUGAUGGAGAUGAGUAGUUUUGCUGAGUAUUGUUUUGUAUUUUGUUGCAGGAUCAUAAAGGAAACCUCAAACCUGAACAUGAAUGGCCAUCAGAGAACUACUGGAAAAGUCGGUACCCUCGCCUUUUUCGUAAUUCAUCACCUGAAUCGACGCAUGAACAGGAGCAGGUUAGUCAUCACUCAACUAUUUUUGUGAAAGUUUAUUUAUUAAAUAUUUAGUAAGACUUUCAGCGUUUGUGUGAACAGUUCAAUUUAGGGGUUUUCUGUCCGUCAGAGAUAAUCAAAGACGCUCAAGAGCCUUCGUUUAUAAGUCUCCAUUACGGAGGAUUUCCGAGUUGGUGAUAUUGAGUUAGUUUGUAAUACAGUAAAUACCCGCGUGUAAGAACCUAGUGGCUUAAUAACCUGCUGGCAGAAAUUUGCUUCUUUAAUACCUAAUAAUAUAAGAACCAGGUUGGCCAAACGAGAUCAGGCAGGUUCUUACAUAUGGGUUACAGUUAAAAUAAUAAGCUUAUUUAUCAUCUAAAAAAGAGAUUGAACAGGAACAGGUUAGUCACCAGCUUCGCUUGUUUAAGUUUAUGCAUCAGUCAUUUGAAACUCCGGCCCCCCGACCCCCGGGACUUAGCGGGGAAUUUAACAUUAACACCGCUAAUUUCCCCGCUCCCCGGGCCAAGUAGUUUGUUAAAAGCCCCGUAUAGCAGGGAAUUGGUAAAGUGUAGUUCUAGGCUCGAUUUCAACCGCCCUGUCCGAUCUGGUAUUCUGUAUUUCUGAAACUUCAAACCAUCGGACCUGUUAAUAGAAACUCUCGAUUGCGUUCCUUCAAAUUCAUGAAAAAUGUUGCCCUGGGUGCCAGAGGAUGUUUUUCUUACCUAAUUCCUGAGAACGGACCUCUAAAGCCACUGUCGAAAAAUGUGAUUAGAUGGCUUACGAAAAAGUAACUUCUGUAUGGUAUACUUGUAAGGGCGAGGGAUCUUAAGCGAAACCGGCGGGGCAGGGGUACUUCCUUAUACAGGCCAUUUAGGUACAGUCAACUCUCGCCUUGCGAACACCCCGAUAAUACAGACAGCAGCUAAAUUCCCCGGCAAAACAUAUUACAGACGUUUGACUUAAAUAAACUCCCGCUCUUACGGACUCUCGCUAAUGAGGACACUAAUUUGAGGUCCCGACAGUGUCCGCUAUAAAGCGCCGGUUAACUGUAUUUCUGACAUAAUUUCUGCCUAAAUGUCAGGGCUGAAAACGGGUGUGGAUUUUAGAGGUCAGGUGUGAAAAAAGGUGUGGAAAAUGACACUUUUUGGUCUGAAAUAGGGUCAGGAUUUGGAGAACUAGGCGGCACACCCCCACCGAGAAUUACCCGGAGUACCCUCUGGGAUGCGAAACAGCUCUGUCUUUCUCCACUUUUCUAAUCGUGAAAGUAAUGGGAGAGGAACCGGGAAACUUAGCGCUUUUGGGAUUAAUUUAUCGUCGUUUACGUACGAGGUGAACAAAUGAGACUUAAAUAAUAAUAAUAAUAAUCAACUUUAUUUAACGAGGGUAACACGGGACAGUACUUCAACUGAAUAACUAGUGGCCCUCAAACUAAAUUGUAAAACAAAAAUUAAGUAACAAAAUACAUAUCGUUAAAGAAAAAGAACUAUAAAUAUAUAUAUGAAUAACAUUAAAAAGAGUAAAAACUAUAUUACAAUUAAAAUAUCCUUACAAUGAAUAUCUACAAACUAUAAUUACAAUAAGAAUGCAGUUAAGAUGGGUCAAGCGAGAGGAAGGUUGUGAAAUGCCGGAUUAGCAUAAAACUAAGAAAUAAAAUUAAGUUUCACUUAAGCUAAAAUGAUCAACGUCAUUGUAUCUCGUUAAAAAGUGACUAUAAAUAGCCUUUCUAAAUGAGGUUACACAUGUUUGUUAAUGGGCAGAGAGUUCCAGAGCCUGGUCGCGGACACGCUAAAAGUUCUCCCUCCCUCAGAUUCACGAUUAUAUCUGGGGCAGACGAGGUUUAAGGCACUCUACCGCCCACUGCGUGUGUGUAAAUCUGCAUUGCAUUUAAGAAGGUCAUACAUGUAGCUUGGGCAGUUUCCUUGAAGGCGCUUAAGGACUAGCGAACACUUAUUGACUUUAGCUUCGUCAUAAAAUGGGAGCCACCCUAAUUUUUUGAAGUCGUUGUAAGGCAACGCUCGACCAAUGUGUAGGACGUUCUAUAUACUUUCUUUCUCUGUCUGACACUAAAGCAACCUGUUUUGGGCCUUCCUGCCUUGUUUCUCCUAUCUUUUAAUAUUAUCAUUCUCUGCGGCAUCAUCUCUCUUCUGCCGCCAUACAAACUUUGGGAAACGAGGCUUUUCCUUUGGUCACUCAUGUUAAAUUCCCGCUUCCGAAAAUUCGUAUUACUGUUUGAUCCCCGCUGAUGAGAUGGGUAAAACAGGUACCGGGGCGAACAUGUUAAAUGUGCGUUAAAUCCCGGCAUUGGCCGCGUUAAAUCCCCGCUAUCUCCCGCCAUGCCGCUGGGGUCGGGGGGCCGGGGUUGUAGUUAACUAAUGCAUUAUUUACUUUAUUUAGUUUUAUUUUCUGUCCGUCAGAGAUAAUCAAACACACUUUGGAGCCUUCGUUAAUUAGCGUCUUUUACUGAAGAUUUCCGAGUUGGCAGUAGUUAAUCUUGGCAGUUACGUUAAAAGGUUUUAAAUUGAGAACCCGGGAAUUAAGAAUAGUUUUAUUUUAUUGUUGCAGGCUAUUCCAAGGAACCGCUUGCUUUCACCUGGAUCGCCUGAUCUCUUUUCUGAUUCAUCAUCUGAAUCAGAGGUGGAACUGAAGCAGGUUAGUUAUCCACUUCUUUUGUUUAAGUUCAUUCAUUUUAUCUUUGUUCUGUUUCAUCUAAGUUUCUGUUUCCCUUGAACUAAAUUGAUUUCGGGUUCUGUUAAAAAUAAACUACAGACAAAAAUUGGCUGCUGUUCUCUCGCAGGUCGCACUCAAUUGAUUUUAGGCCAAAAGUAGAAUGUUUUCCUACUAUUAGCCUGAAUUUCAUCCGAUUACUUCGAGUCGUUAUUACUCCCUCAGUGUUGUUGAGAGGAGAAAACGACUCGAAGCAAUCGGAUGAAUUUCAGGCUAUCCCACUAUAUGAAUGCUUGGAACAGACUAGCCAAUAGAGACUUUUGCCUUGGAAAAAAUAGAUUCCCUUUUUAAGCUUUUUAGGGAAGAUAUCACUGACAUUUUGUGCCAAGCAGACCUAUUGACUUUUGAAAAAAAGUUUUGUUUAACAUUUGGUAGAUCAACAGAUAAAUUAGAAACACACACCAUAUCUAUGAUUUAAAAAAGGAGUUCGCUUUGUUCUCGUAACUCCGAUGAUAAGUCCAGUCACUAAUAUAAGGGUUUCACACCUUGUAAUUAUCUCACCCCUUCAGCAGAACUCCGUUCCCGGCUGAAUUUUCCCAUCAGACACUGUACUUCUUAUUAGGCCAAGUAUUGAUUAAAUGAUCUACACAGUCGGUACGCGCGGCCUGUUUUGAAUUUAGUACAUCUUGUCAAAGUUUUUGUCAACCCGGCACCCCUUUUUUCGUUGCUCACUUAAAAUAUCCUUUGUUUAUGUUCUGUAAUCCCAUUGUACCUAAAUGAAGGCCUUGAAACGUGUACACGUCCAAAUUUACCUCAAGGAGGUGGAUGGUUUUAAGUAUUGUUUUGUAUUUUUUAAGGGAGUUUAACUUUGUUUAAAUUUAUUUACUUUAUUUUACUGUAUUUCAUCCUAAACGAAAAUAUUAUUAAGACUUUUAGUGUUUCUGUCCGCCGGAGAUAAUCAAACACACUCGAAAGCUUUUGUUUAUAGUAAGGCCUCUACAUUGCAAGUCUUACAAUGAUUUCCAACACUGAACACUGAAUUCAUUCCCCUAAAAUCCUGAAAUACUGCAACGAAAUUCUUCCAUAUAAUAUCUUUCCUUCCGACGUAGCUGAGUGCAUCUUUAAACUUACGGCUGGAAAUACUUAAGCUUAAAGACCUUUUUAACGGAGUAUUUCCUUAUUUGCGUGUAGUUAACUACGCUGUGUGUGAUUGUGUUUGUGUUUUUAUUUUGUAGACCCAUGAAAGGGCAUCAGAGUCUCGAAGAAGAAAGAAAUGUUCCUGCAUGUAAAUUACUGUGCCAUUUAAACAGCAAUCUUAAGAACUGUGCAGCCUUAUAAAACACUAGAUUCUAAAAACGGCAGUUUCUGCUCCUAAGGUUAUUUUGACUAUUUUUAGAUUUUUGUCUUCAAUCGGCCAUUUUCCAGUUGCCUCAAGCCUCUGUUUCAAAGCGAGGCUAAGUGCGAAGCCAUUGAUAUGAAAAUGAUUUUUUAUUCUCAUACAAAUAAACUUCAUUUUCACAAGAAACGUUUUGAACUUGGCCUCGUUUAGAAAGUGAGAGUUUUUGGAACUCGGAAAUGGCCAAUUGCGUUUUAACUGAAAGAGUCGAGAGAGUCGUGGUGCUCAUUAAAUUAGUCUUCGAGUGGCGAACUGGAACAGAAAAUGAUAAAUCCACUUCCCCAAAACAGAAGAAAACUCGGAAGCGUUCAAGAAUCGUGUGUCACCACUUCCGCAAAGCAGGCCUCCCAGGAUUACAGGGCUGGAAAGAAAAUCCUGUAGCAAAAAUUGGCGAGUAAGCAUUUCGCGAGUGGAAAUUUGAGAGAGAAGAUGAUCGUUGUUGAAGAAUCUUUACCAUUUUUUGGCUAAAAAACAAUGCAUACAUUGACUGAUUGUACGAGAGGAACGGGUGGCAUUUCAGCCACUGCUCAUUUGUGUUAUUUACAACAUUACAAUGUACAUUUUAGCCCGGCACCGUGAUUUACACUCGGUUCCACUAGGUGAGUAAUCCGGCUUUUUCAGCUUUAUCCUUCUAGACUGUCUAAGAAACCCCACAUUUUUGGGAUGGUUCUCGGCCUCGAAGACAACCUAUAGCCUGUGAAUUUACUGCUUUUGCUAGUAGAAAAAAUUUUACAAGCAAAGCUUUGCCAUUGAACUGAAAAUUAAGAUCGAGCCCCGUAGGAACGAUGUCGCAUUUUAGUGGAUUUCAAGUCAUUUUGUAAUUUUCUGUUCCACGAUCCUUUGUUUGACAGUAUCGAGUAGCGUAAACCGCUUAAUUAAAUGUUAAAUAAAUACUGCAGGUUGAACAGCAUACAUAGGUCUCUAUUUUCGGAAUUACUAAAAAAGCGUGCAACAAAGUAAUUCACAAAACCUGCUAUCUUUACACGUGGUUAAGGACUGGCGGGGUUAAAGCGACGUCACGUGGUUUCUCAGGGUCGCGGUCGCGUGAUCGCAGAAAAUUUAUAAUUUUUCAUCUUAAAGACGAUAAUGGCAAAUUAUGGGUGGAAAUGAUCAUUGUUACUUCUUUGGAUGCAGUGGCGACUGUAGAUGUG